UGUACACUGAACCCACAUUCGGGGUGUCCGACGAGUAACGGCUUGUCGAAAAGUUUUGUUAUAUUUUCCCAUUAGACUCACUCGCGAUGAGUGAUUAAUUCGUAAAGUUGAGAGUGCGCGUUAUUUCUCGUUAGUAAAAAGCCUGAACGAAUGUAAAUAGAGAAAAAUUUCAGAGGAUCAAUUUUCUUCGUCAAUAACUGCGAUGAAAGAUGGAACGUCUUCGAAAGCGUUAUAUUCAUCGCGAUAACUCGAUUAAAAAAUCAUUCUGUAAUCCUCGAAACUCGCGUUUACGUCAACGAUCAUCAUUCUUGGGACACCCUGUUAUGUUUACAUUCUUCUGCGCCUUCUGCUGUGCGGGUGUGGAGGGAUAACUGUUGUGUUCGAAAAUUCGAACCAUGAAAAACCUUCUGUGCGCCUUGAGCAUUUCAUAUCUUGGCAUCGUUGACGAUAGUCUUGGCGUUAUUCGGUACCAAUGACGCCAAGAAGCAGUGCACUUAUAACACGGAGUUAAAAGCGGGCGAGAAUUGCACGAUCCAAAACCAAGAAUAUCCAAAAAAUUUUACAAGUGGUCAACCACCGAUUACGAAAUGGAUGGUGUCAACUGAGAAAGCUCAUCGGUUGAGAGUCGACUGCGAUGACAUGACCAUGCCAUCGAACGAACGUUGCGGAUGGAACCGACUGGUUAUUGGAGAAUUUGCGAGUGAAGCCGAGCUGUUUUGUGACGCCAAUAAUUAUGUUUACCUGAGUCACAGCACUCACUUGAGUUUGGAACUUCGUAUGACGAAGCGUGGGCCGAAUGGACGAUUCAGGUGUACCAUUUCAGCGGAACCUUGUGAUUGUGGAGUGAGAAAUAGCCCGAAAAUAUACAACGGUGUGGAAACCGGGGUCAACGAAUUUCCAUUCAUGGCUGCCAUAGUCAACGAUUUCAACAGUACAAUCUGCGGUGGAACGAUCAUCAAUGGAAAGCAAAUAUUAACUGCAAAGCACUGCAUUGGCAAAUCGUACAACAGGAACUGGAGGGUCGUAAUCGGAGCUCAUUCCUUGAUUCGGGGAAAAUUAGCACCGAGCACUCGAUACAUGACGAUUGAUCAAAUAAACAAUCACGCCACUGCUGACGUGGCAGUUCUUACGCUCACACAUCGAAUUAAUUUCAACGAUGCCGCCAGCCCCGUUUGCCUUCCGUUUCAACGUCCGGAUGAUUCGUUCGGACACGUGAGCUCGACCUAUGUGGGAUGGGGGGCCACCAACUUUUCUAAUGGGCCGGUCAAUGUUCUGAUGCGGACCACUGUCAAUACCUUAAUGCAGACGGAAUGCGAUGAAAAUCUCAUUUGCACACAAGAUACUCGUUACCACAACGAUUCUUGCCCGUUUGACAGCGGCGGUCCACUGAUAUACCAACCUCCUGCUACGGAAAAAGCCAUAGAAAUUGGCGUUAUAUCAAGGGGUCCGGACUGCGGAACUGGUUCACCCAGUAUCAACGUUCGUGCGGGUCGGGUACUUGAUUGGAUCGAGGCACUCGUUCCUCCAGGUUACGAGUACUGUAAAAUCGAGUGAGACGUGCGAAUUUCUCAACGAGAGUUUGCCUCUGGAGGGAAGUUUUUUUCGAAUGAAAAUCAACGCUGAUAGUUGUCGUUUGAAUCGCAUGUACGAUCUCGUAAUAAAUGCAGCAGUGGAGAAAAUUCGAAAAGCGUUUCUUAUCGGUAUUCGUCCCUUUUCAAAGUCCCUCGAAUCGUCCCUUCCUCAAAAAAAAACUCCGAAACAAUGCGAGCAGGACGUGGGUCUUGCGAUUUCGGUUUCGAAACGACGCUUAGAGGAAAAGGAUGGAGUAGUAAACAACUUUUAAGUCAUACCAUUCACUAGCAAACGAUCACCAAACGAUUCGUGAGAAUUCAAGUCAAUCGAAUCUAUUUUGGACAGAGGGAUGAAAAACAACAUUCGCGUCCAGUUACUCUCGUGGACUAGCACAGUAAACUGCGAGCCGGCAGCGUGGAAACAGCUGAUCAAAGCGUGUGGUGUUGUGUCUCUGGAACCGAAGAAGUUCGUCGUUCUUCGAGAGUCGAAGCAAGAACUCGAAGAAAACGCACUUUUUAGAAACAAACUGCUGAAAUGCCAGGCAGAAAGAGGCUCAAUUCCGACGAUAAAUGGCUUCGCUCGAAUGAAGAAGCAGAAUGCGCUGCCUCCAAAAACAUCGCAGACGAGCAUUGUCGAAUCAAGCAAAUGAAAGGGCGAAUACGCAUUCCUUCGGAGUACAAAAUAAAAUGCAUCAAUAUGGCCAAAGCACAUCCUGAAUGGGAUCUGCACACUUUACAAGCAAACGGGUGUAAAUAUUUGAAAAGGUGGGAAUAUUUGAAGCGGUGGGAGGAGUCAUUGGAAAACAGAGAAACAACUACCUUGGAGGAAUACCAGAUAAUUAAUUCGUGGACCUACGACAACGUCGUUGAAGCUCGCCGACAUAACGUCGAAGUUGAAACGAAACAUUUGCGUCGAUGGGCUCUCGCUGUGGCAGCACAAUUUCCAAAUAUUGAUUUCAAAGCUUCUGAUAGCUGGAUCAAAGGCUUCAAACAGAGGCACCACAUGGAGUGACGGAUUUUUCGAUCAUUUCUAACCAAAAGACAGCCAGCCUGGUUUUUGUUCGUUGUUUCUUCGAUCGAAAUGACUUCUCGUGCUUCUACGACCAUCAUCUUUAUACUAUAUUUAUACGUUAUUCACAUUCAAAUCAUGUAUCGAUCAACUUCACAGAACUGUAAAUAUACAAAUAUAAUUCAUCAUUUUUUCAUGA